AUGAAUACCCAGUACAACAAGCUUCACAUGCUGUCAGUAAGACGAAAGCCUGUCGGUUCCGGUGAGGCUCGCAUACUGUCUACCAGCGAUGAGCCUCAUCACAUCAAGCUAGCAAGCGAACCGCUUUUGCUCGAUGUAGAGAACGAGUGUGGCAACACGACAAAAGCGUCCGAUCACCAUAAGCAGCCUGUUGAUGUCGUCGAAAUGGCGCCCCUUGACAAUGCAACCACAUCUAUGCUCAACACAGAUACAGAGAUGACAGAAAAGAACAAUAGUCAACAUGAAACCACAAAAGAACGGAGAGUAGAAGGGUGGGAGUCUAUGCGACGUAUUCUAAGCGGUUGGUGGCAGGAGAUGCUCUGCUGUGCUCUGAGCAUAGUGUCUCUGAUAGUCCUGACGAUUGUUCUGAGAAGGUUUGAUAAUCAGCCCUUACCCCAGUGGCCAUCUGGUAUCACUCUGAACACCGUAUUGGCUUUCAUAGCUACUUUAUGCAGGACUAUGCUUCUUGUUCCUGUCUCGGAAGGCUUAGCACAGGCAAAAUGGACUUGGUUCAAGAAGAAGCCCCGCCCACUCAAGGAUUUCGAGGCUUUCGACAAAGCAUCAAGAGGACUAGGAGGUAGCCUGGAAUUGCUCGCGCGUACCAAGGGCUGGUUGGUCGGCAUCAUUGCUGCUGUUCUUCUUACCACUACCAUUGCAACGUCAACGAUCACACAAUUUGCCAUUACUUACCCUUCCAGAAUUGUGGAGAGUGGCGAAAAGGGAGUUGCAGUGGCAUGGAGGCUAGACGAGAGAUGGGGUAUAAAUGACCCUGAUUACGCCGUCAUGAAUGAGCCAGCUAUCGCCAGAGGGAUAAAACAAGGCGUUCAUAGUCUAGUUCGUGAUGAGACUCCCUUCCGAGAACCGAAAUGUGCCGCAGCAAACUGCGCGUGGCCACUGUUCAGCACACUUGCUUUAUGCCACAAACUCACCAAUGUUACACACCUUGUUGAAGCGGAUCUCGACUUUUAUCAUGGCAGUGAGAAUAUUACACUUCCAAAUGGAGUUUAUACACUACCAGGCAGAGGCCAUACGCAAUUUUCUGGUGCACCAACAUUUUUCGUGAGUGAAGGGCCAGCUAUAUCCCACAAGUAUUUGCGAAACGUCUCUGUUUUCGAUUACUUCGCAAUCUACUGGGAUGCAGUCAUGAAAACCCCCCGAGCAGUCGAAAUCUCCAUUCAUUGGUGUAUCAAUGCGUAUGAGACUGAGUUGGUCGAUAACAUACUCAAGAUGAACAAAACGGUAUCCCAUGUGCCGAGUUUGCAAAUACAAAAUCUUGAGUAUCAGUCUCUCAGUAUACCAGGCAACGACAAAGAAGUCUAUACUGUUGGAUCCUCAAGCUUCAGGAUGAUGAGAAGCAAUUUGAAUGAAUCUCUCAGCGGUAAAAGCGUGUAUAGGUCGGCUGAAAGAUUCUUCGGUACGUCGGGAUCUGACAUGUUAGUUCAAGCAACAAAAGAGAUUGCACAAAGCGAUGCGAAGGGCAAUUCGACUUUGGAAUAUUUGGGAAUGGAGACGGCGUGGUGGAUUGCUGUCAAUGGAAUGGCUUUGAACGUGGCGAGCAGCCUUACAAACACACUUCUUCCCGACGACCCAAAUGUUGAUGGUGUGUCUCUUCAGAGUGUAGUAUAUGUCAAGGUUGGAUGGGAAUGGCUGGCACUUUUGAGUAUACAAGUCGGGCUAUCCAUUCUCCUCCUCACUUGCAUCAUUAUCGAGACCGCCAAAGCAAGAGUUGAGGUUAUAAAAGGGUCAACAGCACAGGUAUUAUUUGCCAUCAAUGCAGAGGAAAAGGCCAGGAUGAAACAUGGAAUGGAUGAAUUAAAUACUAUGGGACGAGAAGAUCAUCGACGAGCACAUGUUGAGCUAUGCAAGGUGGGUAACAAGUGGAUUCUGAAGGGGUAG